UGCGCACUACCGCAGCUCUUGGACUCUGGAGAAGUUUUAGGCCGUUGCCGCCUUGCUUCCUAGGUCCUCUUUCUCACCUCUAACAGGUCGAGUUCGGAGAGAGCUAUUGAGAAACAUCGCCGGUGGUGGUCGUCGCCCAUUUUACCGUUUCGGGCGGAGGCCAAGAGGCCAAGGGUGUCGCUUUCAUGGCUAGCCGGAGGCAGACUCGGCAGCACAGCCUGCGGAAGCAGUUCGUUCGAGAGCCCUCGGUGCUCGCGCACCACUCCGCCGUCCUGAUUUACGGCAUAUCUCCGAGGGAGAUCUUGCACAUGAACCAGGAUGGGCUUACCGAGCAAAACCUGAAGGAGCUGAAUGAUCUGGGAGGAGCGGACAAGCUGGCGAAGAUGCUUCGGAGCGACGUUACGCAGGGGCUUCCCAAUGGGGACAACCUGGAGGAAAGGGCCACGGAGUUCGGCCACAACUGGAUGCCUGUCCCCGAUCCGAAGACGUGGGUACAGCUCUUCAUCGACAGCUUCGACGACACCACGCUCAUAAUCUUGAUCGUAUCUGCCAUUGUCUCGCUCGCGGUCGGGUUCUACAGCGAUCCCAAGAGCGGCUGGAUCGAAGGGGUGGCGAUCCUGUGCGCGGUGCUGGUGGUGGCCGUGGUGACGGCAACGAACGACUACUCCAAGGACAAGCAGUUCAGGGCCCUCAACGCGGUGAAGGACGACGUGAAAGUUGUGCGCGCGGGCGAGAUCCGAGAAAUGUCCACCAGGCAGCUCCUCGUCGGAGAUGUGGUCCUGCUGGAGGCCGGAGACAAGAUUCCGGCGGACGGGGUGCUCACUCUGGGCGACGACGUGACGGUGAACGAGUCGUCACUCACGGGGGAGGCGGAGGAUGUGCGGAAGGGGGUGAAGAUAGGAGAGGGCGAGGACGCCUUCCUGCUCUCCGGGUGCACGCUCACGUCCGGGAGGGCGAGCAUGAUGGUGGUGGCCGUCGGCGCGGAGAGCCGCUGGGGAAGGAUCAAGGCUAAGCUGCAGGACGAGCCGAGCGACACGCCCCUUCAGGAGAAGCUGGACGCGAUGGCGGCGACGAUUGGAUACGUCGGCAUGGCAUGCGCGGCCGCCACGUUCGUGGCCACCAUGUGUGUCUACUUCACAACGCACAGGGUGGUCGAGAGCGCUCAGCUGGGGGAGCGCGUGGACACCCUGUUCGAGAACGUCCUCCACUCGUUCGUGCUGAGCGUCACCAUCGUCGUUGUGGCGGUGCCCGAAGGCUUGCCCCUCGCGGUGACCAUCUCGCUGGCCUACUCCACCUCCAAGAUGCUCAGGGACAACAACCUCAUCCGCGUUCUUGCGGCUUGCGAGACCAUGGGCAACGCCACCACCAUCUGCUCCGACAAGACCGGCACCCUGACGGAGAACCGCAUGACCGUCGUGGAGGGCUGGUUCGCCGGCGAGCACUCCGCGAACGGGUUCCCGAACGUGGCGGGCGUCGCCGCGGAUAGCAUCUGCGAGGGCAUCUCGGUGAACACCACCGCCAGGCUCACGAAGGAUGGCGAAGGUGCUACGGCGGUCGUGGGCAACAAGACGGAAGGCGCCCUGCUUGCGCUGGUGGGCAAGCUGGAGCAGAACUACUGGGAGCUGCGCGUGCAGAGGAUGAACCCCGGGCGGGGGGACCGGCUGUUCCCAUUCUCCAGCCACCGGAAGCGCAUGACGGCGCUCAUUCACGGCGGCGUCGGGGGAGACCCCGAUGGGCAGCGGGUGUACUCCAAGGGGGCGGCGGAGAUCGUGCUCGCAAGCUGCACGCACCAGACCACUGCGAGCGGCGAGGUCGUGCCAAUCACCCCCCGGGACCGCAAGGCCCUGGUGGAGCUGAUAGAGACUUACGGCGACAGCGCCCUCCGCGCGGUGGGGCUGGCUCACAGGGACAUGCCCACAACCGAAAUCUCGGCGAGGACCGAGAACCUCACGCCGGAGGACCUGGAGCACGACCUCGUGCUGGACGCCAUCGUGGGAAUCAAGGACCCCCUUAGGGAGGACGUCAAGUACGCCGUGAAGCAGUGCCAAGUAGCGGGCAUCAUGGUGCGCAUGGUCACUGGGGACAACAUCGCCACUGCUAAGGCGAUCGCGACGGAGUGCGGCAUCUUCGACCCUGGGUACGGCGUGGCUCUGGAGGGCCCGGCGUUCCGAAAGAUGACUCCCGCACAGCUCGACGACAUCCUCCCCAGGCUACAGGUGUUGGCACGAUCAUCGCCGGACGACAAGCACUUGCUGGUGACGAGGCUGAACGGAACCGCUCUCCCUCGGGACCGCUCGGAGUGGGAGGAGCUGCACCCGGAGCUGGACUGGAACGUCGACAGGGAUCGCACCCUGCCGGGGUACUGGGAUGAGUGGGUGGCUAGCCGGGCUGACGGGGGAGAGGUUGUGGGAGCUACCGGGGACGGCACGAACGACGCCCCCGCCCUCAAGACCGCCGACGUGGGCCUGAGCAUGGGCCUCAGCGGAACGGACGUGGCGAAGGACGCUUCCGACAUUGUGAUCAUGGACGACAGGUUUUCUUCGAUCGUGAAGGCCGUGCUGUGGGGCCGCUCGGUGUUCGACAACAUCCGAAAGUUCCUGCAGUUCCAGCUUACCGUCAACGUGGUGGCGUUGACGCUGACGUUCCUCAGCGCCGUGAGCGGCUACGAACCUCCCCUGAACGCCGUGAUGAUGCUCUGGGUCAACCUCAUCAUGGACACCAUGGGGGCCCUCGCCCUGGGCACAGAGCCUCCCACGCUGGCGCUGCUACGGCGAAGGCCCUACAAGCGAAACUCGUCCCUGAUUAACCGGAUCAUGUGGCGCCACAUCGCCGUGCAGGCUGUCUACCAGCUGGUCCUGCUCACGUGGCUGCUGCUGGCCGGAGCGGAGUUCUUCGGGGUGCCGGACGGUUCGCCGAAGCACUUUACCAUCGUGUUCAACGCCUUCGUAUUCUGUCAGAUAUUCAACGAGUUCAACGCGCGGUCCAUCACGAACGGCUGGAACAUCGUCAAAGGCCUGAAGAACCCCAUGUUCCUGGGCGUUAUCGUCUUCACCGUGCUGGCGCAGUUCCUCAUCGUGCAGGAGGGGGGCAGCUUCACGAGGACCGAGGACUUGAAUAGUGAAGAGUGGGCGACGACCAUUCUGAUGGGAGCGGCCGUGCUUCCCCUAGGAGUGGUUAUGCGUUUCCUACCCCCGUCCAUCGAGGGAGAGAGAAACUUCGCUGGAUACAAGCCCAGACACGGCACGAACGGCAAGACCAACGGGGCCCCCAAGGACAGCGCGGGGACUUUCCUCGCCGGCGCGCUGGUGUCGGUAGUGCUGCCGCUGGCCGGCAUCGCGUACUUCAUCGUCUUGAACCUCCAGCAGUUCGCGGAAGCGGUGUCGUCUGCUGCAGCCGCAGCCGCAGCCGCAGCCGGCUCGGUUGAGGCGGAUCUGUGAUAACUUGGACAUUUGGUCUGCUCCGCGCUAACGGUGUGGUUCUCUCGUCUAUGUCGCUCGGGUGUGUUAGUGGUGGACGGGGAGGAGGGGUUCCAAGUGACUUGGUGCGAGGCGUAGUGAUAAUGAUGGUUGUUUUGAUGGUCGUCUGGCUCUUGGCGGCAGGGUUCCGGGUCGAACUCUAGGCGCUACAGCUAGUGGUUACUGUCUCUUGUGAUGAUAAUAAAGGCUGAGGUCAAGCUUUGAAGUCGCGUUGCUUGUGCUUUUCUUUGUUUUUCUUUUGGCGCUGUAGACCAAGAGCGCGAACGGAUGGAGAGGGGUUGUGGCGGCUGCUGCGAUAGGAGAGGCACACGCUAGGGGAGGAUGAUGACGACGAGCUAGCUGCCCAGGAAUGACAAGCAGACGAGUCUCUUGUGUGACGCGGCCAGUGCCGACAGUAACUACCGGUAUUUACCAGGAACGCCUUUGAACUUGGCAGCUGUUCCGUGGAGGAGGAUGAGUUGCUUUACGUUUUCAUUCGCGGUCUACCCGCCCCGGAGGAAGAGCCGUGGGUACUCACAAGAGAACGUGAUGCCACAUACGUAUGUCAUAGCAACUCUUUCCCGUGGCUGGUUGUUAAGUCGCGCGGUUUUUCGAUCGGGAGGGGGUCUCUUUUGUUGUCGCUGAACGUGUCUUGUCCAUCCCUUGAGCGGUGGUCACUGUUGUUGUUGUUUUUUGCGUGGUUUGUCCCCCUUCCCCCACCCCCAAGCGCGCGCACUCGCGCUGGACUUGGAUCAUGGACAACCUUUGGCUGUGAAAGGAAAGGGACGAGCAGGAGAUAAGAGCAGCUUCCUUUCUUCGUGUGGUGACAAACUACAUGUAACGGAGGCAGGCAAUCGAGUUGGUUUUAUGUUGAGAGGGAUUUGGGAUUGACUGUGGGGACACGGAAGCGGCGUGACGAUAGGGAGUGGGGUGGGUGAGGUUUCUGCCGUGAGUUGUCAGGGAACCUAGCUAAGGUUUAGACACGCAGCAGAACAGGAGGGCCGUGUGGGUGGGGACGAAAGGACGACUGAUGUUGCUGAAGGCGGAAGGACGGACGCAAGGGUGCGUUUAAUCGCAGACACACGUGUGAAACACGGUUUAGUUUACAGCAGAGAAGGGAAGGAAGAAAGGAGUCAAGAAAUAGAUCACAUGGCUGCUUGCGAACAAAGUGAGAGCUGCGCGAAAGCUGUUACCCCAUCCAACCAAGUGUUCCUGUAGCUGUGCCCGUGCCCCUCUCUCAGACACAUCUUUUUGUGUAAGGAUCCUUGAAUGGAGAAGGGGAUUGAGAUACCAGCAACGUAUGUUGUGAUCGUUCCCUCUCUCGGCGCCUUGUAUAAUUUCGACUGUCUUCCUGCUUGUAGUCAUCAGGAUAACAGGUCCUCCGGUCAGCCCCUCCUCUCCCAGCACGCGACCAUUUUUUUUUUUCCCGACACAUU